AUGACCAUCCCGUUCCGCAACUGCAAAUACUUCGCUAACAUUUGCUUUCUGGAAGAGAGAAGGAAAAUGGUGGAUGCUUUUAACGAGAGUCGUCAACUACGAAAACGCGGCAUCUCGGCGCUACCAACAAUGUUUGGAAUCAGUUUCAGUUUUCGGGCUUUGAAUCAAGCUGGGGCUCUUGUACAUUUAUAUCACGGAGACGGAUCUGUUUUGAUAUCCCAUGGAGGAGUUGAAAUGGGACAAGGAUUGCACACUAAAAAGGGUCAGGUAGCAGCAACAGAACUCCAGCUCCCACUAGAGAUGAUAUUUAUAUCUGAAACGGCGACAGACAAGGUACCCAACGCUUCACCCACAGCUGCGUCAUAUUCUAGUGACCUCUACGGGAUGGCCGUGAGAAAUGCGUGCCAAGAAUUGAAUAGAAAUCUCGCUCCAUGCAAAGCCGCACUCGGAGAUACAGCAUCUUGGCUCAACGUCGUCAGCCAUGCCUGGUUGAACCGCAUCAGCUUGUUUGCGACCGGUUUUUACAAGACCCCAGAGAUUGAUGAUCUCGAUCUGGCCAAGCCUGGGUCGACUGGUAGCCCAUUCUUUUAUUAUACAAAUGGAGCGGCAGUAUCUGAAGUCGAAAUAGACGUACUUACAGGGGAAAGCAAGAAUCUGCGAACGGACAUAGUGAUGGAUGUUGGACGUCCUUUGAAUCCGGCGCUAGAUGUUGGACAGAUAGAGGGGGCAUUUGUGCAGGGGUUGGGUUGGUGCACAAUGGAGGAGGUCUUGAAGGGCUCGACAGGAGCCCAUGCCUGGUUGAGGCCUGGUCAUACACUGACGCUCGGGCCAAGCACCUACAAGAUUCCAGGGUUUUCGGACACUCCAGAGGACUUUCGAGUCAAAGUCUUAGAGACCAGAAACGAGAAAGAUACGAAUCACUCAAGCAAAGGUAUUGGUGAGCCUCCACUUUUCCUUGCUGCGUCGGUGUUUUUCGCUAUUCGGGAUGCCAUACGCUCGUCCAGACUGCAAUAUGGUCGAGAUGAAUGGUUUCAGCUAGACUCUCCUGCCUCAGUAGAGCGGAUAAGACUUCCAUUUUGUGACGAUCUACUAAGACGUGUCGUUCCAGAUGAAGAGGGUGUGAGACCGAAACUCACCCUUUGA